AUGGAGCCAUCCGAAAUUUCACAUUUCAUGGUCUACAAGGGAAUACAACAUAUAGAGUCAGUGUUGAGGCAUUUAGUUCUGAAGGAACGAGCCUAUGCACUCGACUGGCUGCCUCCACCCCUCGAACUGGCGGUAGUAUCCAAAUCGAACGAUUCUUUGGAGAUCACUUGGUCUCCACCGGAUAUGUCUGCUUCUCAGCAUCAUAUCGUCAUCAACCAAUAUUUUAUCAAUAUCUACGAAUUCUACCCUGAGACGCAGACCUUUACAAAGAAGGUGAGCACCAGUAUUGCCAUCCCGAAGACGUCGUAUUUGGCGACGAGGCUGAACCCGGGAGCUGUAUACAAUGUUACAUUACAGGCUGGGACUACAUUUGGAUACGGUAGUGCAGCGUGGACGGCUACAAAUACACUGGUACCCGGAUUGGCCUAUAUUUUGAAACAAAAGGCUCGCACCCCAAAUUCACUGACCGUGGCCUGGCCGUCCGCCUGGAUGGCCACCCCGAACGCGAAAUUUACGAUUCUAGCCAAAACCGUACAUUCAAAUGAGCGGGUGCAAAAGGAAAUUAUGGAAGCCGGCUUCAUCGAGGCCGGCAGGAACAGCGAAUUUCAGCUAAAAAAUCUGGCGCCCGGAAGCACCUAUAAUGUGACCCUGGUAACGGCUAUGGAGCAAGACAAAUCAAAAGGAAAAUGGUUGAAACCCGGGCAAAUGAAGAGCACAUGGGGCAUCUUUUCGACGUUGGUUCAAGGUGAAUACACAAUUCCGGAGGCUCGAGUAGCCUCUGAAACCGAUACGGCCGCCUCGAUUGUCUUCCAACCACUAACUGUUGCUAGUAAUAUUGUUUACCAGCUUCGUUACGCUACAAUCGACCAACAUUCUGAUGAUCCGAUUAUUGAAACACGCGAAUUGAAGGAAGAAGAUUUAAGAUGCCCCAAAUUCGGAUGCGAAUGGAAGUGCUUUUUGUUUUUCAACCUUAAACGACGACCAAGGGAAUAUACAUUUUCUGUGCGCGCAAAAGUCGAUGGUGUCUGGAAUAAAUGGAGUCCGAUAUUGAGACGACAAUGGAACCUAUUGGAAAGACCAUGCUCUAUCAACCCACCAAGCGUCUUUGUGGAGUUUAUCGGAAACGCCGAGCACCAGCGAAUUCUCGAAUUAAAAUCGGCUAUUCGGGUCGAUUUGCAGCAACAUGAUACUUGGCGUUACCUCGUUGUUAUCGAUAGCAGAACGGCAAAUAUUGCAACAAUGGAUCUAACGAAGUUAGCCGACAAGGUAACAGCGGAUUACGAUCAUAUCCCAUAUUACAUCACUGCUUCUCUAACACCCGAGGAAGUGGAAGAAGUUGCUGAAUUUCGACUUGGGGACGGUCGUGUGUAUGGUGGAUACCUGAAUUACCCGCUCGAAAAUGCCGAUGCUAAUCCGCAGUACACGUUGAUACCUAUGAGCCAACAAGAAAAUGAGAUUAUGGAGCCGAGACUGCGGAGUUGCGGUUUUACUGAACAGGGUGUCUUCGAAUGCGAUAUGGGCCUAAUCGAAAUUGUCUCCUACAUUCCUGAUUGGAUGAAAGCCACCAUCGCCGUCAUUAUUGCCGUUGCCGCGAUGAUUGUCAAAGAUUUGGGUGCUAUCGAGACGAUGCUGAACAGCAAGGAUCCACCUUUGCAGGCGACCGCAUUCAGCAAGCUGGUGGAGCAAUUCGAAGGCGCCAAGGACGAUGAUGGUAGACUUAGGGAACAGACGGGUGCCUUGUUUUGGCGAUGCUUCAAUGGCUUCGGGCCAUUCGUCGCUAGGCUUGCGAAUAAGUAUAUAACAACCCGUGUGGCGGCAAAGAAUAUAACUCUGGAAAGUGUGAGGAAGGCCUUACGGCCUCAACGUAACAAGUCUCCGGAAGAUGUUAUGAUUGCAUAUUACCUUCUUCUGGAUGAGGCGAACAUAUCCGACACCCUGGAUGCGCUCUGGGAGACUCGUACGGAUGACGUACAAUUCGGUGAAUUGGUGAUGGCUCACUUUGCACCCGAGAGAAUCACGAGCGAGCGGGCUGCCAUCGAGGUGAUGAACAUUCUGCGAUCCAAAAAGCUACGCCAUGAUUACCGUUUGAUGGUAGCGGAGAAUCUAAUCGAAGCCCAAAUUCUGUCACCGGAGAAGAAGUUUUUCCUGCUGUACAACAAUGUUCCGAAAAAGUGGCUCCUGAAGAAAUUGCCAGGCAGCAACCUUAUGCUUCAUUUUCUUUCGGAUUUGCCAGAAUUUGGUGGGCUGUCGACCGAGCUGUUUACAAGCCCAAAAUACAUGCUGUCAUUCUCAGGAAAUUUCUUCGGGAAUGACCAUCUUGUGGAAAAAGCGGCGCCCCACCCAUGCAAUUUGCCUGCCCUCGCGGGAGUUAUGGCGGCUAACGGCAUAACGGUUCUGUGCGCCAACCGCGAUGUCUUUGAAAAGGCUCUGCGUCUCGUCGAGAAAUUGAAAGGAUGGCAGCACCGUUUUCUAACGGAACCCAAGGAUGCCGGACACUUGACAGACUUUGAAUACUACGAAGAACUUAUUAAAGAUGGAGCAAGCCUGCAAGAAUAUUUUACAUCUUUGGUUGAAGUUUCCGGGCCAAACUUUUCAUUGAAGACGGUCGGGCUGAUGUUUGGACUUUUUGCGAAAAGCACCAGCGAGCAGAUUUCUAAAGGAUUCGGAGUUUUGGUCAGAAUUGCGGCUGCCCGACCGGAGCUGUCGACGACGCUCGUCUAUUCAUUGAUGACGAUUCACACCAGUUCCUAUUUCGAAUACAGUGAUUCGGAGCUGUUUUCAACGUUGGCAGAGAUCCUGGUCGCAACGAAGAACCGGGCGCUGCUUACAACCGUUCUCGGAUUUUUGAAGCUGCAUUUGCAGCGGGAUUCCUCAGAUCCAGCUAAGGUCCUUCAGCCGGUCCGCACGUUGUUUGCUGGAUUUUCAAAUAUUUACGAUCUCAUCAAGGGUUUUUGUAUCCCCGCUGCAGGCGACCCCCUAAUUUUGGGAAACGCGAAGCUUGAGUUGGCUGCCGUAGUUUGCGAGGAUAUCGAGCUGCCGAAAGAAAUUGAAGCUUUUAUCGACACACAGAUGCGGGAUCCCGAUGAAUACCUCCCAGCCGUCAUUCACAUCAUCAACGUGUUGUGUUUGACCGGGGAAUAUUCUGCACAUGACUUCGUACGCAUACUGCGCGGUCAUUGCAAGGAUGAUGAUGUGCAUGCGUUGAAGGAAUACAUUAAGCUAUUCCGAAAUGAGGAGAUAACGGUGGCGAAAAUUGAUCGCAGGACGGAAGAAUAUAACAUCGCACGGACUUUCACCCAUUCAGUGGCUCUCCCACAGUUGUUUGAGUUUAUUCGUCAUGAUGAUAUGAUCAUCCGAGACACGGCAUAUGAUGCGCUUUCUGUCUUUUCGCCCUCCGAUAUCAACGAGUUCGUGACCAAUCUCGAAGGCCCGACUCCACAAGAUAUGCUAAAAGAGACCCACAUCCGGCUCCUCGAUAUGAUUGAACAAUGUGACGGUUCCGACGCCACCAGCAUGCCAGGCCGUCUCCGCUUCCUGCAUAAAAUGGUAGCAGGCGAAUUGGAGGAAUUAUCUCGCCAAUUGUAUUCUGUUAGCUUGUCCCAACCGGAUCCUCUUCUGAAGUCAGCAAAGUCUAUCUGGGAGACGGCGAAGGGACCGAUGGAUGAACGAUGGCUGGGCCUCUUCCCGUGUUACAUCAUGUCCGCAUCCGAAUCCACAAAACCGGCCACAGCAACCAGAAAUUUAUACAAUGCCUUGAUAUCGGUCGAGCUUUCCGCUGACACACUCUCUUGCCGACAUUUCCUGCAAUAUAUAGCGCCGUGGAGAGCAUUUAUCGAAACCUGCUUCAUUGCUGUACAUAAGAUUGGCACCACGCAAUUGAGGGCACGCGAUACGGUGUGCGAAGUAUUGAAGAGAGCCUUGCUUGAAGUCGAGGAGUCUUUGGACAAAGUGUGCCUCUCGCUGUUGUACUUGGCUCUUCGCGUACAGGACGUGAAUGAGAAGAACGCGUCGUUGCCGUUCGAGGCUUGGCUCCCGAAAGUUGUCGCGUUUUUGGCGAUGGUCGCAGACCCAGAAUACCAACCCAAGACGCUACCGAUUUUCCAAUGCGACGUGACCCGUACGGACUCGGCGCAAAAGAUGGCAACGCUGGCUCUUAUUUUGCUAUCGAAGCAGACAGACACUGGUGCCUUUGAUCCGUAUUCCGGCUUACAGCUCGAUACACUUCCGAAAUACGGUGUGGUGGCCGUCGAACUCCAGAUGCUUGAGGAGGCCUCUACCGAUUUGCUGAGCCUUGGUCCACCAUUGAACGCCCACGAGUACAGACUCCUCGAGUAUGGUCUGGGCAAGUCGAGACUCUAUAUCGAAGCAAUGGCCACAACUCGCGUCUUAGAAGCGCCAAAAUCUAUUUCGGAACAGGAUUCCAUCAUUCAGAAAGCCAUCAACCUGUCCUGUAUGGACACCCUUGAUUUCCUUAAAGGAGUCGAAGAUUUCAAGGCUAUGAUUGCAAAUUCUAUCAGCUCGUCUGAUGAUCAAGUGCAAGAGAUGAUCUUUAAAGCCCUGUCCUUGUAUUCGCUCUCGAGGUAUAUCCGUUCCCGUGAUCGCGGACCUGAAGACUACAAGAAUUUGCCCUCCGGAUCGUUGAUCCGCGAGGUUGAAGCUAGGCUACGGAAAGGCGCGAAGAAACCGGAGCUGCUGGUUCGAUCAUUUCUUGAUCAAAAAAGAACUGAUGAACGUGGCAUGCCACCGCUUAGCAUUGCAUACAUGCUGAAAAGCGAGCUAGCGAAGACACCAAGCGGCUGGACAGUUUUAUUUGACCUCGCAAUGUCUCAACACCAACCUGUGGCGUUGGCAACCUUGAUCGAAAUGAGUGCCGACAUCGAUUCUGCUACCAAGUAUGCAGCGUAUUGCAAAUGCCUUCCGAAGCUCCUGAUGCUACUCGAAAGGGGUUACGCAAUGACCAUGCUGAACGAGCUUGUGACCGCCGCCGAAGAGGGUCAUUCCACUGCUGCACGAAUCAAGCAGGCGCUCAAGGACCUUCCCAACAAGACGGGACUUUGCAAGAUUCUUGAGAAAAUGAUGACUGUUCCCCAGAACAGCCGCUCCUUUUUUGAUGGGGCGAUUUCGUGCUGCGUCCCAAAUGUCGAUCCCAUCGCAUUUAAGGAUAAGCUCCAAAUUCCCACAUUUGCUGCAUUUAUCAGCUGCUACAAUACGACUAACAUCGCUAUCUCGGAGAUAGCGAUGUCUUUGUUGCAUGCCGACUAUGGGCAAAGUUGCACGAUUUCGUGCAUAAUUGGACAUGCCGCUGGACGUAUGUCCAGUUCGGCGCACCUCCAGUCGCUUUUUGCGGCUUUGACGAAUUGGAAUAAGCUCAAAGAAAUGGCUGUGGAUCAGGCGAUUGGCGCUGCUUGCCACUUGCUUUUCCCGUUCAUCCUCUCGUUCCCCUUUGAUUUGCCGUUUAACUUUCUGGGAUCCAAUGACGUUCUGACGUUUGAGCUAAUGGGAAAACGUAUCUUCACUCACCUACGCUCGGUCGUACAACACCCCGAGUACUCGGACCUUGCUCCCUCGCUAACUGCCUUCUUCUUUGCACUGGCAAAGGCGCCACGAGGCGAAGAUGAGUCAACGCUGAUGGACGAAAAGCUGGCAACGGACAUCGGCUACUUCCUGCUUGGGGCGGGCCCCGGAAUGUCUACGAUCCCAGAA